AAAACGACUCGCGAAUCUCAGUCGGGGAGAAAUGAAGGGCGUGAUGACUGUAUUCAGAAGCAUGCGGACCAACGAGUUCGCGAUGGCGUUUCGCGCGUGUUACAGAAGGUAUUGCACGACGAAGGGUUACACGACGACGCAGAAGGUGGUCCAUCCAUACAACCAAAUUCACCCGUGGAAAUCGGAGACCGAGUUUGCGAAAGAUUUGCUGAAGAAUGUGAUUUACAAUGAAGAUGGAAUAAUUGCAAUAAACAAACCAUAUGGCAUAUCUAUGCUUAAUAGCAUGCCAAAAACAAACCGACGUCUGCAGUUAACUCACAAGAUUGUAGGUGCAGUGAAUUAUUCUGUACAAGACACUUUGCCAUACCUUGCGAAGGAAUUAGAUGUACCAAUCUUAAUACCGUGCUUGGGAGCAGAAAAAUAUAUGAGUGGCGUAUAUGUUUUUGGAAUUAAUGACAAAGUGUGUCGGCAGAUAGAAAUUGCGAGAAAUCGAACUGCAGGCAAAUAUAAGAAAUAUUGGGCGGUCACGAUCAGAGUUCCGAACGAGAUCAAAGGAAAAUAUCAUCUAGCGAUGAUUUUAAAAAAGUCUACGCUAGGAGACAAAAAGCCUGUUAUCUUGACUCAGUGGAGUAACAACGAGGUGAAGAGAAAUGACGUCAAGAUAUUAAAUAUAGAUUAUAAACUCUUAUCCAAUUCGACGCAUAAUUUGAGUUCCCUAAUAGAAAUCGAAGCAUCCGCGAGAAAGUGGAAUGCUGUCAGGUUAUUCGCUUCCACGAUGCUGUACAGUCCGAUUCUCGGAGAUAAUGUUCACGGAUCGCGCGCCCAAGAAAUCAUGGGUACAUGGUUGAGAGUCGAUCCAUUCUCCGAUUCCUGUUGGGAUAUGCCGAAGAUGAAUCGACAACUGCUAGAUCUGCUAGAUGUGACACCGAGUCAACAAGAAAUUAUUCCGACUCACGUACAUCUGAAAAAUGUGCGCUUAAUUAUAGGCAAAGAGAAAAAAGAUUUAAUAAUAGAUGCACCUUUGAUGGAUCCUUUCGAUUGGACCUGCAAGCAGCUCAAGUUCAAUAUACCGGAUGAAGCAAGGAAUGCUGUUGCAGACGAUGAAAAAGUGUUGGCUCACGUGUAAUAAAUAUGGCGGUAAUUAACUCACACAUUUCUCAAUAAGUAUUGUAAUUGUAAUAAAAAGGAUUUUAAUUAAAUUGAUAAUAUUUA